AACAGUGAUCUUAAACUAUUCUCUGCAACAUUAACAGGUCUUCUCUGCUGCUUCUGAUGAAAAUAGCACUGAGUUAUUUUGUUUAAUUUUAAUUGAAUAUAUUUUAAGAAAAACAAACAAUAAAAUGACAAUCUAUACUUACACAGUUUCAGUAACUACAGGUAACAGGCUUUAUGCUGACACCAAAAAUUACAUCUAUAUCACCUUGAUUGGCACCAGCGGUGAAAGUGGGAAAGAAAAGCUAGACAACUUUUUCGCUCUUGGAUCUAUUAGGAAUUACCCCAUACAUUGCAAAGUAAAAUUGGGCAAUAUUGUGCUGAUCAGACUGGAAAAGGGCAAAUGUUUAUUUGAAGAUAACUGGUUCUGUUCGGAGGUGACUGUGGAGGAGGACUGUAGUGGAAAGAAAUACUGCUUCCCUUGUUAUACAUGGUUGGCAAGAGAUAUGUGCCUUGAACUGAGAGAAGGAGAAGCAAAGAAAGUCAAUGAAGAUACGCUUGAUAUCCUGAAGGACAACAGACAGAAUGAGCUGGACCUUCAAAGGGGCCAAUUGCGUUGGAUGACCUAUGGAGGCGGCCUCCCGAAAUGUGUGGAUAUCACGGACGCAUCCAAAUUGCCGCCGGAGCUGACAUUUCUAUUCACCAAAAACACUGAAUUCCUGUUUACAGGAGCCCAAGCUGCGGCAUCGCUGAAGAUGUUGGAAUGCUGUGAUUGUUCUGAUACCUGGAAAUCCAUGGAACAUAUUGAGAAAUACUUCAAUGUAUUUAAGACAGAUAUGUCAGCGUGUGUGCAUGAUCACUGGAAGGAAGACGACUUUUUUGGGUACCAGUAUCUAAACGGCACCAACCCUGUACUGAUCAAACAGUGCAAACAGAUCCCUGCAAACUUCCCGGUCACCAAUCACAUGGUCAGUGGAUUCCUGGAGUCCAACUCCCUGCAGGAGGAAAUGGAGAAGGGGAAUAUCUUUCUGGUCGACUAUCAGCUGCUGGAGGAUGUCCCAGCCAAUACAAUUAAUGGACAUACUCAAUAUAUUCCUGCUCCGCUAUGCCUGCUGUACAAGGAUCCCCACAACAAGCUGAAACCCAUUGCCAUCCAGCUGAAGCAGACGGAAGACCUGGAAAACCCAAUCUUUUUACCCAACGACAAUGAAGAAGACUGGCUGCUGGCAAAGAUCUAUGUGCGCAGUGCAGACUUCAACUAUUUUGAGCUGGUGACUCAUCUGCUGAGGACUCACCUGAUGGCAGAGGUGUUCUGCAUGGCGACGUUCAGAGAGCUGCCCUCGGUGCACCCGCUGUGCAAGCUCCUGACUCCCCACAUGCGAUACACUCUGCAGAUCAAUAUCAUGGCAAGGAAUCAACUGUUGGGUCCGGGUGGAAUCUUUGACAAGGGAUUCAGCACUGGAGGAAAAGGAAAGAUCAUAGUGUUGCAGAAAGCUCAAGCAUCCCUGACCUAUAGCUCCCUCUGUCUGCCAGAAGACAUUACAGCUCGUGGGCUUCAAGACAUACCCGGUUAUUACUACAGAGACGAUGGCCUUAAACUGUGGGCUGCGAUCAGCGGGUUUGUGAAGGGCCUGCUUCACCAUUACUACCCAAAUGACAGUGAUGUGUGUGAAGACACAGAGCUGCAGAGCUGGAUAAAAGCUAUCUUUUUUGAGGGCUUCCAGGGAAGGAUCGAGUCUGGUAUUCCAGACUCAUUCAGCACUGUUAAUGACCUGAACAAGUUUCUGACCAUGGUCCUAUUUACCUGUUCAGCGCAGCACAAUGCAGUCAACAAUGGACAGUUUGACUUUUGUGCCUGGAUGCCCAAUGCCUGUCCCACCCUGCGACACCCUCCUCCCACCAAGAAGGGGGAGACCACCAGGGCUGACAUCCUGGAAAGCAUUGCGGAUAUCAGCAGCACCGUCAGCUGUCUGGCUGCUGUAUGGCUGCUCACCCGCCCGUCUAGUGACUUUGUUAAACUGGGGUGCUACCCGGAAAAACGCUUCACAGAGAAGGAACCCGUAGAUCUGAUUUCAGAAUUCCAGAAGGCUCUGGACACGAUUGACAAUGAAAUAGUCCAUCGUAAUGAAGGCAUUGAAACAGAAUACAUUUACAUGCGUCCAUCGCUCAUGGAGAACAGUGUGGCUAUAUAAAUAAGCCAGAGUAAAAAUUGAACAACUCCGCCCCGUAUUCACUGUCUUGGGGAUCCAUCUGUUUUGAUGUUUUCUCUUAAAUCUGAAUAUGGGGAGGAAUAAGAAAUCAAAUGAAAUGCCUCAAAUCCAUAAUCAUUCAUGGCUUUUGUUUUAGUCUAACCCAUUUAUGCUAAAUCAUCUGUUGUCCAAUAUAAAUGAACAAACCUUUAUUGAAACAAAACAAAAAUUAAUGUUCAAAAGAAAACCUUGAGACCUAUAAUCUGGGGUUCAUUGAGUUUCCUUUCCCUAUAUGAGCAUUAUCUGUGGCUGGUUAAUAAAGGAGUAAGGUGCCAUAGUAACAUGUUUAAUGUGCUUUACUUAGUGGAUCCUUUAGUGGCUUGCUUCUCAGGCUUAUUUGUGAUUAAUUAAGGUUGGGAUUAGGGUUGUUACUUGUUUUGAAAUUUACCUAUUGCAUGUUAUAAAUCAACUAUUAAAAAUAAAGUUUGCUCAAUGCAGAUAUAUUACUAUGUACUGGCCUAUGCGCCUGUAUGUCUUUAAUUAUAUCUGAAGUUGCAUUUGCUUCUUGCUUUUGAAUAAUAAAGAAUUUUCAAUCGA